AUGUUUAUCAAAUAACUUUAAUCAAAAAUAUAAACACGUUCUGUAUCGAAUGUUUCAGGACAUUCUAACCUAAGAUAAUCUGUCAUAACAAGUCCAUAAAGCAAUACAGUAAAUGUGAUUUGGGAUAUAAAUUAAAUUGGUCAAGAAUUGGAUUGCUAAGAUGAUCCGAUUUUGAAUGAAGCUUUAAAACUGAUAAAUAAUCAUUAAGUAAAUCAGGCAAUUUUAAUAUUAACCUAAAGUAUGAGUAUAAAUUGAAUUGUAGUGGUUUCGGAAGGAAAAAAAUAUUUGGGAUAACAAUCUCAAGUAUAAUUAGUAAUGAAAGUUACAUUAUUGGUUGUAUCAAGUGCAAUGUCAAUUUUAGAGAAUGAUCCAGCAUCUGCAUUACUUUUGCUACUUGGAUGUGAUUAAAUGUUUAAAGGAUUAACACCAAAAUAAUAAGGUUAUUUAAGAGUUUAGAUUCUUAAUGGAUUAGGCUGUUAUUAUAGAAGAGUAGGAUAAUUAGAAAAAGCUUUAAAAGAAUUAGAAUGUGCAUUGGCAGUGAUAAAAAAAUAUAGCUUGAAAGAGGUUGCAGUUACUCACUUGAAUUUAUCAGUAGUAUUGUCUUUAGUGGAAGAGUAUUAUUGAAAUUAUAUUAGAAAUUAGACAUGAAGGUGCUUUAGAAAAUGCAAAGAAGGCAGUUACAGAAAGUCAUAAAGAAUAUUAAUACUAUAUUAAAAAUCAUGUGUCGAUGUAAACAUUCAAAUUUCAACGUUGUGUAAGUUCUUUAGCAAUCUCCUUUUAUAAUGUUGGAGUUUAGGAAUAGCAUUUUUAAAGAUAUUAAUUUGCAUUAUAAGCAUAUGCGUCUGCAUUUAAAGUUGCUGAAGAUAAUUUAGGAAUACAUAGUUAUCUAACUAUAUAACUUAAAAAUAUUUAUGAAGAAUUUGCAAGAUAAUUAGCAAUAGCAGAAGGUUAAAAGAUUGCAAUUACAUCUUUACAUCAUAAGUUUUAAAUAAGAGCAAAUGUUACAAGUCAAUAUGCUUAAAGUCUUUUAAGAAGUUAACCUCAAGAGACUGUUAAAAAAGUUACUGAAAGGCUUUUUUAAUCAGAAACUAAAAGAUCAGGUCAAUCUAUUCGACCAUAAUCAGCAUUAAUUAGUCAAACCUAACCUCUAAAAUUAAAAUCAUUUGAUUUUACUAAAAGAGAAGGAUAUACUAUUAAAAAAUAAUUAUCUGCUACUAAUCGUACUCUAAAUCAAUUUAGUGAAGAAAAUCCCAGGUCUGAGAUAGAAAAAUUAGAAAAGACAAAGUCAUUACAAUAAUGUAUUUAAGAUUUAUAAUCAGUACUUAUUAAUUAUAUAAUUAGCAAGCUCUAAAAGAAUAAGAGGAAUUGAAAAAAAUUUAGGAUGAAAAAUAAAAAGAAUUAUAAAAGUUAGAAGCUUUUCGUUAUAUUAAUUCAUAAAUAUAGGCAAAAAAAUAAGCAAAAAACUCAAACUAAACUUCAAGAGAUAUGAAAGCAUCUAUAGAUUAAAUGAAAUAAAUAUUUAAUACAGAUCCAUAAAUAUAAGAAAUCUUAGAUGAAAGUGAACCAUAACCUUUAGUUGCAGUCCAAGAAUAAAUUAGAGUUACUAAAACAGAAGAGGAAGAAAAUGCAUUUAAUAAUUAGAUUAAUUCAAAUUAAAACAAUUAAAUUAAAGAAACAUCCAAAGAAGAGGAACAUAAAAGAUAAUCUUUUACAACAACUCUUGAAUAAAAAGGGUUAUAAGAUGAAACAAUUUAAAGUCUUACCAGAAAGUUAGAAUUUGAAUAGGAUUCAUCAAUUAAAAAUAAUAAUUUUUAAUAAAAUAUGUCAUGUAAACAGAUUGAAGAUUUAGAAGAGAUAACUGAAGAAAUUAAUGAAGUUAAUUAGUAAAAAUAGAAUCAAUAAAUUGUCGAAAAUUAAGUUGAUGAAAUAAUUUAAGAAAAAGCAAAAUUACUUGAAGAAUAAGAAAAAUUUUAGAGAUUAUGCUAUAUUCAAAAAUUUUUGAAAUCAAUAUAAACUAAAUUUAAAUUAAGAAUACAAAACUUAUAGUCUAAAUAUUAAAUGGUAACAGAAAAAUAGAAUUUAACAAUUUAAGAUAUUCAAAACAAUCAUCAUGAUGGCAUUCUUUUUCUUGGUACCUAUCUGUAGGAUAAUCAUUUAAUAGAUAUUGUGUUUAUUGAUUUUUAUAUAUUAAGGAAAUCUCAAAGGAAAUGUCUAAAUAUAAAUGAAAAAUUGGAACAUAUAUUGACUUUAUCCCUUUCCUCUUCUAUUCCUAUAACUAACGAUUUACUAGAAACUCUUAAAAAUAAAUUAAUAUCAAUUACUCUUAUCAAUAAUUAGUAACUUAUAGUUCAUAGUAAUGAUUUAGAAAUUGAACUUAAAUCAUUAGAUAAAUUAUCUUCAAUAAGAUUAGAUCUAUAAAAAUUAAAAAUAAAUGAAUAUAAUACUUAAUUUGUAGAAAACCAUCAAAGUUUAUAAGUUCCAACAACAAUUGCUGAUAUUUAAUAAUUUAAUACAGAUUCUAUUGUAGUAUAAAAAUCCGCUUAAAUAAACUAAGAAUUAUUAUAAUUAUAACAUCCUUUUUUAGAAAUACCUUUAGUUUAAGAAUAAGUAGAAUAAUAAAUUAAUGUUGAAAAAUAAGACAACAAUCUUAAAUAGGAACAACAAUCUGGAGAUUAAGAAAAUCAAUUUAGUGAAUUUCAAUAAGAAAGUAAAAAUGGUAGCGAUGAAAUUGAAAAAAAUAAUCAGACUGGGUAAUUUAAUAUUCAUGUUUUUUCUUCUUAAAAAUUGUAAUCUUAAUAGGAUCUAGAUAAAGCAGAAGAAGAACUUGAAUAUUAAAAAUAAAAAUAAAAUCAACUUAAAGAUAGUAACUAAAAUUUAGAUUUCACUCUUUAAUACAAUGAAUUUAGUAUCAAUAAUUCUAUGAUGGGCACUAUGAACAAUGCAGAAACAGAAAAUUAAUAACAUUUAUAAGUAGAUAAUAGCAAUGUAAAUAAAGAGAAAACUUCAGUAAAUCAAACAAUAUUAGAAGAAGAGUAAGAAGAUGAUCCAAAAGAAUAAGAAAAUAAUGCUAAUACUAGUCAUAAUAGAUAACAAUAGCAAUAUUAUGUAGAGAGUUAAUCUUUUUAUUCAAACUCAGACGAUAAUGAUCAAGGAUAAUCAAAAGAGAAUCUAGAGGAAUUGACCAAAUAAAAUAGCUAAUAUUUUCCUGAAGAAAAAAUUUAAAUUAGUAUUCUACAAGUGCCACCAGUUCAAGAGCAUAAAAAUAUUAGUAAAUAAACUAGUCUAUAAUUACCAAAUUAAAUGAAAGAAGAGAUUGACGAUAAUUCUGAUUAAGAUAGUAAUUAUUUAUUCUAUUUAUUUUUAGUAUCUUAAAAUAAACCUUAUGGAUACGAAAAGAUUGGUUCAAUAACUGGAAUCAAUAAAAUAAAUGGAGCUUUAAUUUUGAUAAAUAUUCUUUUCAACAAAGAAUAAUAAUUAUUUUAGGCAAUUACUGAUACUGAUUUUAAAGUUAUGCCAACUUAAUUUAAAGUUGAAAAUGUAGAAAAAACUAUAAAAAAACCAUAAAAAAAUUUAAAAGGAUAUUUAGUGAAUUGGAAAAGUGAAACUGUAUUAAAAGUUUACACAAAAGCUCAUGAAAAAGCUGUGCUUAAACUUUAAAGAAAAUUUAAAUUUGAUCAUUAUAGAAGACAUCUUACAUUUAAAUUAGCUAAAACUAAUAUUGAAGGUACAUUAUAGGUUGGUUCAAGAAAAUAAGUUAUAUAUUUAGCUAUAGAAACCAAAAUUACUUAAUAGAGAAAUUCUUAUACAUUUAAAAAUGAAACUUAUAGUCAAUUUGUUAAUAAAAUAUCAUUUAGAGUUCUAAAUAAUCUUAAAUUCUCUGAAGAUAAAGGAAUCUAUUUACUUUAAGAACCAUAACAUAGAAUUUUAGCAUAAAAUCUAUAAGGUAAAUUCAAUUGUAAUUUAAGCUAAAAUUUUUAAAUUGCUAAGACCAUAAAAUACCUAUGAAUUUAUAGGUUUCGGGUUAUUAAAUGGGAUUUAUGAUUCAGUGCAUAAAAAAUUAAUUAUUGCAAGUGACAACAGAAAGACUUAGCCUUCUUAAGUUGAUGUUCCUAAAUCAAUUUAAGGAGAGAAUCUAUUAUAAUUUUCCCAAAAUUUAUUAAACAGAGUAUUUAUUAAUUCAAGUUAUAUUUAGUCUUUUAUUAUUUAAAAUAAUAAUGAAAAUUGUGUAAUUUAUUAUGAAGAAAAAGAUGAAAAUCAUGUAAAACAUAUUUAAAAUACAAUUUUUAAAUAUCAAACAAUAAGAAUUUUAAAAAUAGAUUAUUAUCAAGUUUAGUAAAGGCAAAUUAUAAAAAAAGAAAUUGUAAUUGAACUUUAAAGAAAAAUUAAAAGAUUCUUUGGUUUAAAAUGCUAGGAUAGAUUUUAUCAAAUUGGUAAAUUAAAUGAUAAAGAGAUAAAAAAUUUGAUUUUAAACUUUAAAAGAAUAGUUAGUAUAUUCUUAAUUUAAGAAAAUGACUAAAUUGAACUCGAUAUAAAUUCUUUAAAGGAAUUUAUAAAUUAAGAAGGUCAUUUUGAAAAAUUGUUGAGAAUGGAUUUAAAAAAUAAUGUUUAUUAAAUUUGA